CACAGAGAUAGCGCUGCUCCUCUGCUCCAGUCAGUAUCCACUCCGAGGUGUGCUCUCCAUUGAGUGGCACACGGAGGAGAGCCUAUUGACAAGUUCUGACCUGGAAAUAGCGUCCUGUUACUCCAGCGCAAGGCCAGUUUAGUGGGACUUUUGUUUCGAUAGUGAAGGAGUGUUUGGAGGGCGAUACUAGUCUUUAUUUUCUCCCCAGAACAGAGCAGCAACUGUCUGGACGCUGCCUGUGAUCCUUGUUGUCCCGGGGGAGCCUUUUUUGUUUAGGGUCAACCUAACGUUAACCGUUAACUUCCCUCAGCUUGGAGAGUAAUUGAAAAAUAUUCUCAAAUACUUUCUGCCUGACGUGUUUGAGUCUGCUGGGUUAAGCUGUGAUGAGGAGAGAAUUUAACAGCGGCGAAGCGCCAGACGGAGACAGCGAAAGCUAAGCUUAUCUCACCAACCAACGGUGGUCAGCUACCACAGCCGCGACCACAAAAACACAGGCUGCUCAUUGCAGUGAGUCAGUAUCAUGGAGGCAGGCAGCGGGGCUGCUGCAGCGGUGGGGAGUGCAGCACUAGGACUGCUGGGAGCCACAGCCACGUCCAGCCAUGACAUCUUGGACAGGGGCCUGAGGCCAGGACGUCACCUGGAGGACGACGAUAUUGUGCCUGAGUUGGCUCACAUCCAUCCCAGAGAGAGACCCGACUGGGAGGAGACCAUCAGUGCCAUGGCAAGGAGUGCAGAGAUCCCUGAGCUGAGGACGGAGCCCCUCAUGCGCUCCUGCAGCAGCAGCACGGCCAGCAUGAAGGUCAAGAAUGUCAAGAAACUUUGCUUCACCAAGGGCCACUUCCCGAAACUGGCAGAGUGCGCUCACUUCCACUACGAAAAUGUGGACUUUGGCACAAUUCAGUUGUCUCUCGGGGAUGAACAGUGUGAAGUGACGCGGAACGGCUAUGAGUCCAAGGAGCUGGUGUACUUAGUUCAUAUUUACUGCCAGGGCCGAAGUUGGAUUGUGAAGCGCAGCUAUGAGGAUUUCCGUGUCCUGGACAAGCACCUGCACCUCUGUAUCUAUGACCGACGCUUCUCCCAGCUGCCUGAGCUGCCUCGACUGGACAGUCUGACUGAUCAGUCAGAGUCAGUUUCCCAGAUGUUGUUGGCUUACCUCUCCCGGCUCUCGGCCAUCGCUGACAACAAGAUCAACUGUGGGCCUGCCCUCACAUGGAUGGAGGUUGACAAUAAGGGAAAUCAUCUGUUGGUUCAUGAAGAGUCGUCCAUCAACGUGCCAGCUAUUGCUGCUGCCCACGUCAUCAAGCGCUACAUCGCCCAGGCCUCAGACGAACUGUCCUUCGAGGUUGGCGACAUUGUGUCAGUGAUUGACAUGCCCCCUAAAGAAGACACCACAUGGUGGAGGGGCAAGCAUGGCUUUCAGGUUGGCUUCUUUCCCAGUGAGUGUGUGGAGCUCAUAAAUGAUAAAGUGCCGCAGUCCAUGACCAACACGGUACCAAAACCAGCCUCCCCCUGCUCUGGCCUGCAGCCUGCUUCUUGGAGUCUCUUCCCUCCCUACUUGGAGAUGGAGAGUGUAAUACAGGACAGUGCAUGGGUGGCCGACCCGCUAAACCACUACAGCCUAAGUUCAGUGUCUAAGAAGCACGGGAAGCUGAUCACCUUCUUGCGCUCCUUCAUGAAGUCCAGGCCCACUAAGCAGAAGCUGAAGCAGAGAGGCAUCCUCCGGGAGAGGGUGUUCGGCUGCGACCUGGGAGAACACCUCCUCAACUCAGGACAUGAUGUGCCCCAGGUCCUCAAGAGCUGCACCGAGUUCAUCGAGAAGCACGGUGUGGUGGACGGCAUCUACCGCCUCUCUGGAAUCGCUUCAAAUAUCCAGAAAUUGCGGCACGAGUUUGACUCUGAGCAGAUCCCCGACCUGACCAAAGAUGUUUACAUCCAGGACAUCCACUGUGUUGGCUCGCUGUGUAAGCUCUACUUCAGAGAGCUGCCCAACCCCCUGCUCACGUACCAGCUCUACGAGAAAUUCUCUGAGGCUGUUUCAGCAGCAACGGACGAAGAACGACUCAUCAAAAUCCAUGAUGUCAUCCAGCAGCUUCCUCCGCCGCAUUACAGGACCCUGGAGUUCCUCAUGAGACACCUUUCUCGCCUGGCAGCGUUCAGCUACAUCACCAAUAUGCACAGCAAGAAUCUGGCCAUUGUCUGGGCGCCCAACCUGCUGAGGUCAAAACAGAUUGAAUCUGCCUGCUUCAGCGGCACAGCAGCCUUCAUGGAAGUCCGAAUCCAGUCAGUGGUGGUGGAGUUCAUCCUCAACCAUGUGGAUGUUCUCUUCAGCACUAAACUCAGCUCACUAAUACGAGAGGGAGCAGGUCACAACUCAUUGUCACGGCCCAAAUCCCUGCUGGUUUCAUCACCUUCCACUAAACUUCUGACUCUGGAGGAGGCACAGGCCAGGACACAGGCUCAGAUCAACUCUCCAGUCACUGAAGACAGCAAGUACAUUGAGGUGGGCGAAGGUCCGGCUGCCCUGCAGGGCAAGUUCCACACUGUCAUCGAGUUUCCCACCGAGAGGAAGAGGCCUCCUAUUAAAUCCAAGAAGUCUCCUGUGGGUAGUUGGCGUUCUUUCUUCAACCUAGGCAAGUCUUCCUCCAUGUCCAAGCGCAAGCUGCACCGCAACCCCAGUGAGCCCAAUGAACUAAAGGCUAUGGCUCUCGCUGGAGGCAGAGGAGACACAGCAACAUUAAGAUCAGCCAAAAGUGAAGAGUCACUGAGUUCCCUGCACAAUGUUGAAGGAGAGUCCAAGGUGUACCGUCCUCGGCGGCCGCGCUCCAGCAGCGAUGCUCUGUCAGCCUCCUUUAAUGGCGAGCUGCUGGACAGCCGGCAGCACUGCAACUCCUACGAUAACUUGGACGCCACAGAGGACAGCGACGGAGACGAUGGGCCCAUCUGUGUGCCUGCCCUCAUCUCACCUCCCCGCUCAGCAGGUGAAGAUGUGGACCUCAGCCCGCCAGACAUUGGCAUGGCCUCCUUGGACUUUGACCCCAUGUCUUUCCAGUGCAGUCUCCCCGACACCUCCUAUGCCUUCCCCCUAAAUGAUUCACCAGCUGGGGCAGAGGGCUCCACGUUAAAGAGGAGCCCCGGCAGCUUCUGUGGCAAGACCAAUGGCUCUGACUUCAUUUCUGCCACCUUCCUGGGCAGCUUGACCCCCCCCUUGUUGUCCACAGACUUCAGCCGAGGUGCUGGAGAGAAGGUGGAAAGCAAGAAACUGACCACUUCCUAUUCUUACACUGAUAAACCCACACAGGCUGUGUCACCUAUUAAAUGUGGGAAGACCACUAGUUUGACACCAUUUGCCACUUCAGAGCUUUUCUCAACAGAGAAUCCUGACAAGAAUACAGCUGGACAGGCUGUCUCUCCACAGCCAUUAUCUCCUCCUUCAGUAGCCAAGGACUCUCCUCCCCUGAUGGGCAGCGUGCUGCUGAGGGCAGCAGAGCCGUCACUAAGUGAAGCUUUCCAAAUGGAGCUGCACUCUAAGCUGGCAGCCUUUGACAGUGUGGACAGUCGAGAGCUGAAGGGAGAGGACAGUGUACAGCAGGCACCAGCUGCCAGCAGCCAAGAGCACCACGGAGUCAUAGCUCCGGACUCUUCAAAGGACCUCACCCCUCGUUCCCUCAGCUCUACAGCUCCUACUACUGCCCCCCCUCCUCCUCCCCCUCCUAAAAAUGCUGCCCGCAUGUUGGCCCUAGCCCUCGCUGAGUCUGCCCAGCAGGUCUCCAAUCAGUCUCAGUCCUGGUCCUCUGAGCCCCCCACACCGGUGUCCCCUCUGCAGCCACAGGAGGCCUCUAACUUCCAGGACUCGCCACAUCCACUGCUCCCACAUUUCCAGACCUCCGAGGAGGAACGAGCAGGGGGAGAAAGUUCCCCGCCACCAACCAGCACUGCUACGACUGUCCACCUAGCCUCAUCUUAUCCCUCCACUUCCAGUCCUACAAUCAAGCAGCAGCCACUAGAGUUAACCAGCACGAUUACCAAGCCAUCAGACAGUGCCAAGUCCUCUACAACUCCACCUAGAACACAGCCAGAAACAGACUCCACCCCACCAGACACUCCUCUUAACAAGUGUGCCCCACUCCCCAGUUCAACCAGGAAAAGUCCAGAAAGGCAGCAGCCUGUCACAGGACAGGUCCCAGUCCGUUCCAGCUCAUCUAGUACCACUCCAGCCACCACCCCCAGCAGCAGCUGCAAAGACACUGGAGUCUUACCACAGCCUGUUCCUGAGGUCAAACCAGAGGAGACUGCACCGCCCCCAAUCUUUCCAAAACCAUCAGAACAGCCACCUCCAAAAACACGAAAGCCCAAAAAGCAGGCUGUCUCACUGCCCCAGCAUCAAACACACACUCAGAUACAGCCUCAUCUUCCAACACAGCCUCAAUCUCAGACACAGCCUCAUCCACCAUCACAGCCUCACACACAAUCUCAGACGCAGGUCCAACCCCAACCCAAAACCCAACCCCAGCUCCUCUCGAAGGCCAGCGCAAGAGUGGCCCCCACCUCUGCUGAGCCUGUUGAGAAGCCUUGGGAGGCCAUAAAGCCGGUACAGCCCUGUACAGAGUCUACAAAGUACCACGACUCGUAUGGAACCACACCUCCAGCCCCUCCUGUCCGCACCAUAGAGAGCAAACUGGCCACAGCAGCACUCAGCCAAAGUGAAGCCUCCUACCAUAUCCUGGGUGAGGGCCCUGCUCCUGGCCAUCUGGAGGAUGCUCUGCCUCACCAUCCUCUUUCUCCUCGUAAAUCUUCCACGCACCAGCCAGCCUACCUGUACCAUGCUAAAGGAGAGUCUGUCUUAAUUGAGCCUCCAGGAUCUACAUACUACCACCCGAGGCCUGUUACUGUGGGCCCACAGUCCAUGCCACACCACUACCGGCCAGACAGCGUCCCCCCACACCUCUCCUUUGUGUCCAAAUCUGAGCCUCAGAUACCUUACAGCGCCCGAGUAGACAACAGGUACAGCACUUUAGGCCCCAGGUCCUACCACUACUCUAUAAAGUCCAGAGGAAACCCCCGCGGUGUGUUCGUGUCUCCGGGCCCAGGGCAUCAGGGUUAUAGCCAUGACAGAACCCAUGGCUAUCCCACCAUCCGCAGAGUGCACUCACUCCAUGUUCCUUCUACUAUCCGCUCGGUGCCCAUCCAAAGGACUGAAGUUCCUCCAGAUGACGAUAUAUUCUUUUAUCAUCGGCCCAUGUAUCAGUGCAAAGCCUACCAGCAGCCCCCGCAGCAGUCAUCACAAGCAGACUACCACGUCACCCAGCUGCAGCCUUACUUUGAGAAUGGACGGGUUCAGUAUCGCUACAGUCCAUACUCCGGUUCAAGCCCUUUGGAGGCGCCUUUCUAUGACAUUGACCCUUACGGCACCAUUCGAGUACGGCACUUCCACUCCUAUGGCAGCCGAGAUCCUGGAGCCGCUGCCGGCCGACCGGGUGGAAAGGCGGCUGGGUACCACCAUCUCGCUCGCCAUGUUCUCCCACCUGGGAAGGAGCACAGCUUUGUGAGCAGGGACAUGCCCCCCAGUCAUGGGACCAAGGAAGCUGCCGCUUACCUUGCUUGGGACCCAGAGGAGUCAGAAAGGCUCCGCAUGCACUCCAUCCGCAGGGAGAGCAGGGCCAGACAGAAGAUUAAAGGCCCUGUCCUUUCUCAGUAUGACAAUGUAGGCUUGUUUGCACCAGCAGAUAUAUCAGGGUAUGAAACCCUGCACCUGCGCAGUAAAUCUGACCCAGGUAAAGCUGUGUUAAUUGCAGCCGAGAGCAAAGAUGGGCGCUACCUCCCCAGACACAUGGUGUCAGACCCUGACGUCCUCAUGUACAUGGAGACUGACAAGCAUGUCCAGGGUAGCACAGUGGGCGACAAGUCAGACGGGCUCGGCAAGCAAAGCAGUUCCAAGAAAUGCCAAUCGUCUCACUCCCUUCCAGCUACUCUGAGCCACAGUCUCUCCCUUCAGCAGGAGAGCGGCCGACACGAGGCCAAGUACGAGACUGGAGACGAUAAGCUGGGUGGAGACAGCAGCAGGUCUAAACACUGGCAGCAGGAGUAUCCCAACAAGAAGAACUUCCAGCCACGUUACGAGUGUCCUGAUUCUGACCCCCACCAAGGUAAAGUGAAAACAUCAAGCGACCAGCCAUCAGCCCCCAGGGAACAACUUGCCCGCUCUAAACCAGAGCGAUCACACAGCGUCCGAGAGCAGCAGCACUACAGCCAGGGCAAACCUGAACUGGACAGAGACUACUCAUAUCAGAAACAUGGCACUAAAACAACGCAGUCCCACUAUGAUAACUUGGACGAUUACCACCCAGUACCUCAACCUCAGGCCCCUGUUCAAACACGUGGAGGCUCCAGCUCCUAUCCCGCCCCCGGAUUCACAGUGAGCCACAGCAACAGAGCAUACUCCACAGCACUGGGCCAGGGAGCCUUUAUCCAGACUGAACUGGCCAUGCAGAGGCCAGAGACAGAGACACGUACAGAAUGAAGCAUUUAGGGGGGGAAACGUAUGAAAUGAUCUUCAGCUGUGUCGAAGAAAGACUUUGUUGAGCUACGGUUGAGCAGCCUCUGCAGGACAGUGGACUGUUGUAUCACCAAUAUUUUUGUUCCUCUGUAUUUUUAAUGAAUUGUAAAGAAAAUUGUAAGACUUUUUACAGAAAGUCCUGAAUGUACCUGAAAAUAUUGUGCAAGAGGUCAUAUUAUUGUGAUUGCUUGCGACAGUAGCUGGUCAUAAAUGUACAUGAUAUGAAAGACGUAUGGUACUUUUAACAGGAACCACAAAAAUGUUUGUUUACAUAUAUAUAUAUAUAUAUAUAUAUAUAUAUAUAUAUAUAUGUGUGUGUGUGUGUGAACAGAAUCAGUAGUAAAAAAGGGAUUUUUUUUUUUUUUUUUUUUUUUUUUUUUUUUUUAGGUGUGGCGCUGGGUAUGAGCAUCAACUGAGAUUAAGGUUUGCAUUUUAGAAAUGCAGUUCUGUGUAUUUCACUAUCCAUUGCGUUCUGUAUGGAUGUUACAGCACAAGUUAUUGAAGGAGGAUACAUGUAGGUCAGUCCACCUCCCUCUGCUAAUAUGUACACAAGUGGGCAGUACGGUGUGUCCAUGUUUGUCUUGAAGAAUCUGACUGGGUGUGUAGUUUGAUAAGGAGCUGCAAUGGAUUACUUUCAGUUAAUAUAGUGGUUAUCAAUGUCUUAGUUUCUCUGUGACUGUGCCAUUUUUAUGUGACUUUGCUAUAAACAGAUUUCGAUGACUUCUAAUGGAAUGUUUUGGUACUUGUUUGUUCUUCAUUGGAAGAGGGACCAAACGACUUGGCGCAGUUGUUGCACAUACGGGAUAAAGAGGGGAAGAUGAAUGAACGCCUGUUUAGAUGUACCUUUUAAAUGUGUAAUUUUUAUUUCCUUUUUUUUCAUCACAUUCACGGUACUGUCAUGAACUAGACCAACUGAAUAAAGCUGGAAACAUUUUCCUCUCAAACAACGUGGUGAAGAACAUGUUGCCGCUGCUGUGUGGAAAAAACAACUUGGUGAUGAGCCUUAAAUUUUGUUCCUACAGACCAUAUUUUGUUUACUGUCAUUGUCAAGUCCAUUGUCAUAAUGCACAAACAUUGUGAUAUCUAGAUUUAAGAUCACUUUUGAUGAUUCUUGACAGUUCAGGGUUGACAGGUUUCACUGGUUUUGAAUUUAAAACCGGGAGGGAGGGAAUUUUUUUUUAAAGAUAUCUGGGGCCAUUUAUUUUCAGGCUGGAAAUUGAUGUAUAGUACAUUCAUCUGGUAUUAUACUACAUGCCCUUUUGGGCCACCAUAAUGUAUGGAAUACAAUAUCUUUCAAUAUGUCUAAAUCCAGGUUGUACUCUGUAACUGUUUGACUUCUAUAUCGCUUGCAGGUUUUGCUCCUCUUGCCUUAUCUAAAGCCUCUACCUUUUCAGAUGGGGCAUUGAAGUAAGGCACUGUGUACUUGAAUGUGAAAACACCCUUGUCUCAAACUAGAGGUAUCUAAAGUUAGAUAUGAAAUAAAUAAAACUGUUCAGGAAUAGCUAUAAUCCAUGUCUUUUAAUAUGUGCAUGAUGUUACUAAUACACCUCUGCUUGGUCCGGUCUGACAAUUCCUUUGAGAAAAUUGGCUUUGCAAAUGUUUUAUGAGGAAGGAAAUUCCAUAGUCUUCUGGUACAGCAUGUGAGAGAAGUUUGCCUUCAGGGCAUUUCUGGCAGAAAAGCUUUCUGCCUUUCUUCUCUCUAAACCUAACCACGUAGUUUUGGUGUCUAAACCUAACCUACUUGGUUAAGUAGUACAAGUAGUAAGGCUUUCUGGCAGAAAGCCCUGAGGGCAAACUUUUCCCAUGUGCAGUCUGCAAGCACAGAUGCUCUUAAAGUGUAGAUACAGCAUAGGCCUAGAGAUAAGAGUUACCAUAUUUCAGCUGGAUGACCCUAAAUGAUGCCCCUGUUUUAGUAAACACCCACCCUGCUGAGGAGUCCUUAAGCAGGACACUGCAUUCUUAACUGCAGCAGGGCUGCUGACUCUGACCCCUCUGUGAGGAAAGUGAGAAGAAAAAUUCUCUAUAGAGAUCAAUAAAUUGUUUAUCACUUUAUCUAAAUGCAUUGUGGUGGAAUUCUCCUUUUAAGGCAAUAAAUGAUUCAUGACA